AUGUCUCUCAACUUUGACGACGUUCCGGUGCAGAAACUCGAGCAACUGCGGCCGCGGCUCACCCAGCUGACACACUCGCUGCGUAAGCUGGAGGACUCGAUGGCAGCCAACCCUACGCUGCCCAAUUGGUCGAAUCUCCAGAACCAGUACAACGUGAUACUGUCGCAACUGACCUCGUUCAGCAAGACCAUGGACCUCAACAAGGCCGUUCUCAAACACACAAACGCAUAUCCAAACACCGAGUUCGAUACCACGCAGUUCGAAGGUCUGUUGACCACGCUGUUGCGGAAAAAACACCUGCCCGAGGUGGAAGAGUGGAUCUCCACCAAUAGGACCGACGUUUCCCAGCAGGACCUGGACAACGACGACGCUGUGGCACAUGAGUACCUUCAGCUGACGGACCAGCUGCUUGAGGAGUUUGUUUUCGAUGACGACACCCCGCUGGUGUCUGCAGAAAAGUCCGAGGCCCAGGGCGUGGACGUGUACAAGUACAUGUUCAAUGGGGCGGCGAAGUGA